CCUGUCCCAGAUAGUAAACGAGAGAGACCAAUGUCAAGUGUGUUGAAAACCUCACCCCCUUAUCACAAUCCUAAAAACAACUCAAAUUAUACCAAAUCUCAUAAUCACUUCAACUUCUUCAAACACCCUUCAAAAACAUGUCUUCUACAUUCCAAAUUCAACAUUUUUUGUCGCAGCAAUGUAAGUGUUUCAGAUUCUUUGCCCAACACCACUUACAGCAUAACCCAAAACCAAAAUGCUAAAAUUUGCAAAUUUUGUGAAAUGGGUGAUCUCAAAAAAGCCAUGGAAUUACUCACAAUGUCAAAAAGACAUGAACUUUGGUUGAAUACUUAUUGUUCCGUUUUGCAGCUUUGUGCUGAGAAUAAAUCAUUGGAAGAUGGAAAAAUGGUUCAUUCCAUUAUCACUACAAAUGGGUUGCCAAUUGAUGAAACUUUAGGGGCAAAAUUGGUUUUUAUGUAUGUGAAUUGUGGUGAUUUGGUUAAAGGGAGAAGAAUAUUUGAUGAGAUUAUGAAUGAUAAGGUUUUUCUUUGGAAUCUUUUGAUGUCUGAAUAUGCAAAGAUUGGUAAUUAUAGGGAAAGUGUGAGUCUUUUUAAGAAGAUGCAAAAGUUAGGAAUUUCUGGGGAUUCUUUUACGUUUACUUGUGUUUUGAAGUGUUUUGCUGCAUUGGGAAAAUUGAAGGAGUGUAAAAGAGUUCAUGGGUAUAUUUUGAAAUUGGGUUUUGGUUCUAAUACUGCUGUUGUUAACUCUUUAAUAGCAGCUUAUUUUAAAUUUGGUGGAGUUGAGAGUGCACGUAAUCUGUUUGAUGAAUUGACUGAACGAGAUGUGGUUUCGUGGAAUUCUAUGAUAAAUGGAUGUGUUGUGAAUGGUUUUUCCGGAAAUGGACUUGAGAUUUUUAUUCAGAUGCUAGUUUUGGGGGUUAAUUUGGAUUUGACCACAUUGGUUAGUGUUCUUGUGGCUUGUGCAAAUAUCGGAAACCUUUCACUUGGUAGAGCUCUUCAUGGUUUUGGAGUGAAAGCUUGUUUUAGUGAGGAAGUUGUGUUUAGCAAUACCUUGCUAGACAUGUAUUCAAAAUGUGGUAAUUUAAAUGGUGCAACUGAAGUUUUUGUGAAGAUGGGUGAAACAACUAUUGUUUCUUGGACUUCAAUCAUUGCUGCUUAUGUACGAGAAGGUUUAUACGAUGAUGCUAUUGGAUUAUUUGAUGAAAUGCAAAGAAAGGGUGUUAGGCCAGAUAUCUACACUGUCACAAGCAUUGUUCAUGCUUGUGCGUGUAGCUACUCUUUGGAUAAAGGAAGGGAUGUACACAGUUACAUUAUAAAGAAUGGCAUGGGAUUGAAUUUGCCUGUCGCUAAUGCUCUGAUGAACAUGUAUGCAAAAUGUGGAAGCGUGGAAGAAGCGCGUUCAGUUUUCUCUCAAAUUCCAGCUAAGGACAUCGUCUCAUGGAAUACAAUGAUUGGAGGUUAUUCGCAAAACUCAUUUCCUAAUGAAGCUCUAGAACUUUUUUUGGACAUGCAAAAACGAUUAAAGCCGGAUGACAUUACAAUGGCUUGUGUCCUUCCAGCUUGUGCAGGCUUAGCCGCUCUAGACAAAGGCAGAGAGAUACAUGGACACAUAUUAAGAAGAGGGUACUUUUCAGAUUUGCAUGUAGCUUGUGCACUUGUUGAUAUGUAUGCCAAAUGUGGUUUACUAGUUCUAGCACAACUACUUUUUGAUAUGAUUCCUAAAAAGGAUCUGAUUUCAUGGACUGUUAUGAUAGCUGGAUAUGGCAUGCAUGGGUUUGGAAACGAGGCAAUUUCAACCUUUAAAAAUAUGAGGAUUGCAGGUAUUGAGCCCGACGAGUCCUCCUUUGCCGCGAUACUUAAUGCUUGCAGUCAUUCUGGAUUACUGAACGAGGGUUGGAAAUUCUUUAACUCCAUGAGAAAUGAAUGCCGCAUUGAACCAAGGUUAGAACACUAUGCCUGCAUGGUGGAUCUUCUUGCUCGUACGGGAAAUCUAUCAAAGGCGUACAAGUUCAUCAAGUCCAUGCCAAUUGAACCGGAUGCUACAAUUUGGGGUACCUUGCUUUCUGGGUGUAGGAUCCAUCAUGAUGUGAAACUAGCAGAAAAAGUGGCAGAACAUGUUUUUGAGCUAGAGCCGGACAACACGAGGUAUUAUGUUGUUCUAGCAAAUGUCUAUGCAGAAGCAGAAAAGUGGGAAGAAGUGAAAAAGUUGCAAGAAAGGAUGCGUAUAAGAGGAUUUAAACAGAAUCCAGGUUGUAGUUGGAUAGAGGUCGGAGGAAAAUUUAUUAUCUUUGUUGCUGGGAACACGAAACACCCUCAAUGGAAAAGGAUAGACACGUUGCUGAGAAAAUUGACAAUGCAAAUGAAGAAUGAAGAUUACUCUACUAUGUUUAGGUAUGCAUUGAUUAAUGAAGAUGAUAUGGAGAAGGAAGUGAUUCAGUGUGGACACAGUGAAAAGUUAGCAAUGGCUUUUGGUAUAUUAAAUUUGCCGCCUGGGAGGACUGUUAGGGUAUCGAAAAACCGAAGAGUAUGUGGGGACUGUCAUGAGAUGGGGAAGUUCAUGUCAAAGACAACCAAUAGGGAAAUUUUAUUGAGAGACUCAAACCGGUUUCACCAUUUCAAGGAUGGUUUAUGUUCUUGCAGAGGUUUUUGGUAAAUCAUUUGAAAAAUUCAAUAUACCAAGGAAGUUCUCCAUUAUCAAUGUACAUAUUUUCCAAUCACAUUUCUGUUGCUGGUGUAAGAGGCCUUGUAGAUUAGGAUAUAGUAGAGUAAGACCAAAGCAUGUGCAGAAUCAGUGGUUUUGACUUUUGAAUAUACGAACCGGCGAUACAAGCCAUUCAAUCUCAA